AUGUCCCUCCUGAGGUCGCUGGGCACCGCGACGGCCGGCGAAUCCGUGCCUCUGACGCCGCGCGAAGCAGCCUCGGGCCUCCUCGGCUCCAUCUCCAUGACCUGCUGGAUCUUCCUCCUGGUCCCGCAACUGAUCGAAAACUACCGCAACGGCAACGCGGAGGCCAUCUCGCUCCUCUUCCUGUUCGUCUGGUUCGUCGGCGACAUCACAAACCUGGUCGGCGGCCUGUGGGCCGGCCUGGUGCCCGUUAUCGUCGCCAUUGCCGUGUACUUCUGCAUCGCCGACGGCGUCCUCAUCGGCCAGUGUCUGUACUACAAAGCGCGCAACGCCCGUCUCGAGGCCCUGCGCCGCCGCCGCCGCUCGUCCACCGAAACCCCCGACCCCUCCACUCCGCUGCUGGGCCGCCGCUUCAGCGACACCCUCCCUGAGGCGGUCGCGCGCCGCCGGGCGUCGGUCUCGUCGCAGCGUCGCGGUGUCGACGGCGGUGCGCGCCAGGCGGACGAUACGCUGGCCAAGAUCGUCGAGGAGAACGAGGCGGGUCAGCAGGCCUGGGUGAAGAACCUGAGUAGCGUGUUGGCUAUCUGUGUGAUCGGCAUGGCGGGGUGGACGAUCGCGUGGCAGUCCGGGGUGUGGAAGCCAGCGCCGCGCGAGGUGAACGGCGGCGUGGAUAUGGCGGCGGGGGCGCAGGUAGUGGGAUACUUCAGCGCGCUUUGCUAUCUGGGGGCGCGUCUCCCGCAGAUCUACAAAAACUACUGCGACAAGUCGUGCGAAGGCCUCUCCUUGCUGUUUUUCAUUCUCUCGCUGAUGGGCAAUUUGACGUAUGGCGCAGGCAUCCUGUGUCAUUCGACCGAGAAGAACUACAUUGUGACCAACACGCCCUGGCUGAUCGGGUCCCUGGGAACGAUGGUCGAAGACGUGAUCAUCUUUGUGCAGUUCCGUAUUCGCAUGACGGACAUGAUCGCAUAA